GCUUGGCUCCUCAUCAGAAGACGAGGAUACUGAGCAUUCUGCUAGCAGACGAAAUGCAGCCUCUACAAAUGAUAAGCCUGGUCAUGCGGGCCUCCUCUCUAUGCUACCACCUGCACGUCAAUCCUUUUUAUUGGGUGACAAAAAAUCUGACUAUCUAACAUCCCGACAAUUUGUGCCCACUCAGGCGGUUACUAAGCGCCUAGCCCCAGCUAGGCCUCGGACGGUUGGCCUGCAUAAGCCUGAGGUCAACUCAGAACCCAGUUCGCCAGAAAUUCGCAGAGAGGAAGAAAAGGAAGAUGAAGAGCCACAAGGUGACGAUUUUGUCUUUGAACCAGCCUCCAAUUCUCGGCUCGCCUUCUUCUCAUUGCCCGAGGCUGAGUCAUCCCUAAGUAACCACACUGCUGGUGAUCUCACUGCUGCAACAAGCGCGGCCUCAUUAAGAGCUGCUGCCCAAGCAGCUAUAAUAAAGCCAAAAAUAUCGUUGAAUAUGGCUCCUGUAACAGAGGGCUCUAAUAAGCGAGAUCAGUUUCCUGCUACCGAGAUGAGCAUGCAUCCACUGAUGCCUAAGCCUCAGCUUACGGACACUCAAAUUCUGGAAGAAGCUCGCCUGAAUCUAAAAGCAGAACAAGAGGCUAGACGAAAGGCUGCCAAGGAGGCCGGUGAAAAUGUUAGCGAUGAGGAGGAAGAAAAAAUAUUCACGGAAGAAACUUUCAUUCCUGGUCCUGAGGUACCAUAUGCUUUGCUCUCAUGUGCCUAUUUCGAAACCUACUGA